AAAUCUCUAGCUCCACUCUGAGUUUCGUUUCCGACCGCCCCUACACUCACGUUCCCCCCAGCAAGAAGCUCUUUGCAAGCUCCUGACACGCCCCGUCCAAUCCGAGACUGAUAUCUGCCUUCACGCUUACUGGUGUCCCACUUUGCUGGGUUCAUCUCAGCAGCCUCAUCUCGCUUUCGCCGCACGGUCCGUAGCCACGCUGGUCGCCGUCAGCCAUGCAGACCACCACCUCACACGCAGUUUCCCUCAACAUGCAGCCCUACGACGGCAAAGAGCACGACCGACCCCUCUGUCCCUACUCCAGAGAGAAUGCAGACCCACCGCCGAAGGACUUCGUGCUGUGGUCGCUGUUCAGUUUCUCUUUCCUGAACGCCUGCUGCCUGGGCUUCGCUGCCCUCGUCUUCUCCAUCAAGUCAAGGGAUCGUAAAGUCAUUGGAGAUCCUGAAGGUGCGGCUACCUAUGGCAAGCAGGCCAAGCGCUUGAAUAUUGCUGCUCUGAUACUGAGCAUCAUCUACAUAGUAAUUGUGAUUGUCAUAGUUAUCAAAGGUGCAGAAAUGUAUCAGUUACCAUUGAAUCAGAUGAAGAAUCGCCACUGAUGUGUGUAGUUGGCUCUGUGGGAAAUGAUGCAUCCAGAAUAUUCUCUGAAGUAUUAUAGCUUUAAAAAAAAAAAGAGGCUGCCCUUUCUUCUCUGAUUUUACCCAUCCUGCUUUUUGACUUGCAAGAAAAGGAAUUCUAUAGAGCAACUGGUGCUUCUUGCGCUUCUGGAGAUGUAGAGGUCUAUGCUGUGUGGUCAUUGUUUGCCUACAAUGAUGGAUGAGAGACUCAGAUAUCACCUUCACAUUCUGGUGUACAAUUUGAAAUGUUUAUCGAGAAACACACUGUUUAUAUGAAUAAUGUUUGUUCUCUGUCCAAGAUCUGGAUUUGUGGCCUUCCCAGUUGUUAUUGCUCAUGGGAUUGAAACACUUUUUCUGUUUUGACUUCUAAUUACACAGGUUUCUCACAAGAUAUGUAUUGGAAUUUUUCUUUAUUGAAAUACGAAGUCUGGGGAAAAUUCUGAGCAAAUAAAAACAUGUCCUUA